GUCUACUUGCUGGGGAUGUCCAGAUGUAUAUAGAGCACCGUUCACCUAAUAUGGCUUUGAAUCACAGCAAUUAAACGUUCAAUUAAUAAAAUAGUUUACAAUGUGUACUUCUAGCGACGUACAAUAAGAACGGCUCCAUGUGGAGCUUAAUGAUGCCAUUUCUGGGAGCAAGUUAGCCCUACAGGUAGCUGUCUGGGAGAUAAAUAGUACAACUCCUGUUAGCCUUACGUUUAGCUGUCUUAAUGUUAGCCCUAAAGGAAGCACCUCUGGUCGGACUUCCAACCCGUGGAAUAGCGUGUCUCUUAUAUAUAAACGUGUGUCGUGAAUAUAUACCCUAUAGUAAAACGCGGUAUUUGCAACACCUCUUUGUCUUUUAAUUGGCAAUGUGGAGGGAGAACCUCUAACCAUAUGUAACUAACCAGUCCCCGUUUGUAACCCGUAGACGGUUUUAGACUAGCAACUAGGCAGUCCCCUUAGUAACCGUAUACUGUCUCUAUUAACGAACCAGUCCCCCGGAAGGAAACUAACAAGUCCCCCAUAGUAACCCGUACAGUUUUAUGCUAUUAACUACCCGGUCCUCAAUAGUAACCUAACCCGUAUAGUUUUAUACUUUCACCUCAGCAGUGACCUUUAUUAACCUGUAUACUGAAUUAUACUAGUAUCUAUCCCAGUUUCCCAUAGUAACUGGUAGAAUGUUUUAUACUAGCUUAUAACCUAUCCCCCCCAUAAUAACUGAUUGACGUUUUUUUACUAGUUACUAACCAGUUCCCCAUAGUAACAAGUAAACUGUUUUAUUAUACUAACUAACAAGUCCCCCAUAGUACCUAUAGACUGUUUUAUACCAGCAACUAACCAGUCUCCAUAGUAACCCGUAGACUGUACAAAACUAUGAGUAACUAACCAUAGUACUGAGGUACCGGCUGGUUACGACGUAACGUUAACAGCGAACACUGACAGGUCAUCGAGCCCUGCGGUGAGUUGGUCCAGCUCUGCCCUUCCAACCAGUACACUAUACCCGACCUGGGAGUGGAAGGGUAAAGGACAGAAAAUACAGGAUGACAACGCUGAAAGACACAGAGGAUGCCAGUGAAACCGACCUCGCCAAGCAUGACGAUGAUGAUUAUGUGGAAAUUAAAGAGCAGAUGUACCAAGAUAAACUGGCCUCCCUAAAAAGACAGUUACAGCAAUUACAAGAAGGGUCACUGCAGGAGUACCAGAAGAGAAUGAAAAAGCUGGACCAGCAGUACAAAGAAAGGCUCCGCAAUGCAGAUCUUUUUCUCCAGCUUGAGACCGAACAGGUGGAGCGGAACUACAUCAAAGAGAAAAAGGCUGCGGUGAAGGAGUUUGAUGACAAGAAGGUGGAGCUGAAGGAGAACCUCAUCGCAGAACUAGAAGAGAAGAAGAAGAUGAUUGAGAAUGAGAAAGUGACAAUGGAGCUGACGGGUGAUUCUAUGGAGAUGAAACCCAAUACGACCAGAAAGCUGAGGAGAAGACCGAAUGAUCCGGUCCCCAUUCCAGACAAACGCAGGAAACCCGCUCCUGCUCAGUUAAAUUAUUUGCUAACAGACGAACAGAUCAUGGAGGAUCUGAGAAUGCUAAACAAGUUGAAAUCACCAAAACGUCCAGUAUCUCCCUCGUCUCCGGAGCACCUCCCCACCACCCCUGUGGAGAUCCCGUCCCAGCGCUAUGAGGCCCGCAUAGAGGAAGGGAAGCUCUACUACGACAAAAGAUGGUACCAUAAGAGCCAGGCCAUCUACCUAGAGUCAAAGGACAACACCAAGAUCAGCUGUGUCAUCUGCUCUGUGGGAACCAAUGAGAUCUGGGUGCGGAAGACCAGCGACAGCACCAAGAUGAGGAUAUACCUGGGACAGUUACAGCGAGGAGCCUUUGUGAUCCGGCGACGGUCGGCCGCGUGAUGCCCCCCUUCAACCCUCCAACUCAUCUCUCCGCUUGUGCAUUGACCGCCCCCAGACUCACUCACUCUCUUUCUCUCUCCUUUUUGUCUGUACCUUUUCAACGAGCAGACUCCAGGGGUCCUGUUCAUCGCUCCAAUUCCCAUUAGAGAAUGACUUUGAUAAACAAAAAAUGGAAUGCACUUCGCUGCAUUUCUCCCCCACGUCUUUUAAUGCACUGUGGGCAGGGCCAACGUCCCGUUGUGACUACUACUGGUUUGUACCUUUCGCUGUGGUCCUGUCCUUCUGCUCCACGAAGGUCUCUGCUCUGUCCAGCUCCUCAAACCGUCACAGCCGUAGCUGUGCUCUUCUGCAACAAAGCAAGUUUUCUCCGACAGUGUUUGUAACAUUCCCACCUGCGGUAUGGCUCCGUACCUAAAAUAAUAACAUGACGACAGAAGUGCACGCACAGACGUGGGGGGCUGUACCAGAUUGAGUUGGGUGGUUGCGAUGUAGUCACCCAAGGUUAUGUUUUCUUUCUGUUAUCGUAAAUAUAUUUUUGAUAUUAUUCGAAACAUUUAAUUUGGUUGUCAAACUUUGUAAGGAUUAUUUUGUGUUUUUGUCAUUGCAUUCAUGUCAAACAUCAGAUUGAACUAAUAGCUGUGUUUGUAGGAUGCAUCCGGUUGUAUAUUGAUUGCAAGUGUUGCCCUUGGAUUAAACUGUUCUGUUUUUC